AUGGCAGAGGAAGGCCAAACGCAUAGUAGCAGUGAAAUAGUUACUGGGCCAAUUCGUAGAGUAUUACUCAUAUCUGCUGGUGCUAGUCAUUCUGUUGCUCUACUCUUCGGAAAUGUUAUUUGCUCUUGGGGAAGGGGAGAAGAUGGACAGUUAGGCCAUGGGGAUGCUGAAGACCGGCUUUCCCCGACUUCAUUGAGUGCAUUGGAUGGACAAGAAAUAGUAUCUGUAACUUGUGGAGCUGACCAUACAACUGCAUACUCGGAGUCACAAAUGCAAGUGUAUAGCUGGGGGUGGGGUGAUUUUGGGAGGUUGGGACAUGGGAACUCCAGCGACUUAUUUUCUCCUCAACCAAUCAAAGGAUUACAGGGUCUACGGAUAAAACAAAUUGCUUGUGGGGACAGCCAUUGUUUGGCCGUGACCAUGGAAGGUGAAGUGCAGAGUUGGGGGCGUAAUCAAAAUGGUCAGCUAGGCAUUGGGACAACAGAGGAUUCUCUUGUGCCUCGGAAGAUUGAAACUUUCAAGGGAGUAUCUAUCAAAAUGGUCGCUGCUGGUGCUGAACAUACAGCUGUAGUAACAGAAGAUGGUGAGCUUUAUGGCUGGGGGUGGGGUCGAUAUGGAAAUCUAGGAUUAGGUGAUAGAAAUGACCGCUUGAUUCCUGAGAAAGUUUCGACUGUUGAGGGAGAAAAGAUGGUUCUGGUGGCAUGUGGAUGGCGGCAUACAAUAUCUGUCUCCGCUAUGGGUAUUUUGUAUACUUAUGGGUGGAGCAAAUACGGUCAACUAGGACAUGGAGAUUUUGAAGACCAACUAAUCCCUCAUAAACUACAAUCUUUGCAUGAAAAAUGUAUUUCUAAGAUAUCUGGUGGUUGGAGACAUACGAUGGCAGUGACAACAAAUGGAGAACUUUAUGGUUGGGGCUGGAAUAAGUUCGGACAAGUUGGUGUUGGUGACAACGUUGAUCAUUGCUUGCCUGUACAAGUAAAAUUUCCACAUGAUCAGAAAGUAGUUCAUAUCUCAUGUGGUUGGAGGCAUACGCUCGCUGUCACUGAAAUGCAGAAUGUGUUUUCGUGGGGGAGGGGCACAAACGGUCAGCUUGGCCAUGGGGAUACCCUUGACAGAAAUGUCCCGAAGAUCAUAGAGGUAUUGAGUAUGGAUGGAUCGAGUGGACAGGAAAUAGAAGCCUCAAAAGUUUACGUAUCAUCAGAAAAAAGUUGGGUCUCACCGCCUGACAGAUAUGCCGUUGUUCCAAAUGAGAAUGUCUCAUUUGGCGGUAAUGGAAACGACAUAAAUGUCCCCGACAGUGAUGUAAAAAGGAUGCGGAUUUGA